UCAUUUCUUAAAUUUUCCACAUUCAACAUUUUUAUAUAGAUUUAUUUAAUUUGGUCGACCAUUAUACAGAUUCGAAAUGCAAACUAGUAAAUUCUCGCAAGUCCUUAGUAACUCGUUGCAUUUGAUAGGAAUGGGCGUGGUAGUGGGCGUGGCAGUUUGCGGACUUUCCGCCCUCAGAAUGCCCAAGGCAUUGAACAGGAUUGGUCAGCUUUUCAAAUCAGCCUUUGGAGACCUUGGCGCCAGACGCUUUUACAGCGGCGGCUUUCAGGAGCGGAUGUCGCCCCGCGAAGCAUCUCAAAUCCUGGGCACUAGUCUGAGUGCUCCUUGGAGACGAAUGAGGGAGACUCAUCGUCGGGUUAUCCUGGCCAAUCAUCCGGAUCGCAAUGGCUCACCAUACUUGACUGCCAAAAUCAACGAGGCCAAGCAUGUGCUUUUAGACCGGAAAAAUCGGUCCAGAUAACUAACGAUUCGGGAAGAGAAGCAAAGACUCUCAAAUGGCAGUCGAUUGACUGGUGUUUUUCAAAUCUAAUGCAUCAUGCCCUAACAAAAUUAUAUUUGUAUACCCCUGAUAGCAAAACAUUAAAUUAUUAAGCAAUGAGUGGUA